AUGCGCUCCGCUCGUUUGGAAGCAAAGUUUGGCGCAAAGACCGACGAUGUGCACACGCCAAAGCUCCCAUCACCUCCCGGCACAAAGACUCCUCCCACAGCACCGCAAAGUCGCGCAAAGGAUAACAACAACAACAUCAACACAAACGAUGCUCCCUCGAUAUCCUCGCACACGACAGUCGAAGCUGUGGAUCCGGACGCCUUGAGCAAAGCACUUCAGCAAUUUGAGGAGGCUGGCAGAAACAGGGAACACACUCCAGGAGAGAGUCCAAAACGCAAGAGGCAGCGCGUCUAUACCGACCGCUUCAUACCCAACAGGGCUGGCCAAGACCUCCAUGCCAGUUACAACUUGCUACACGAAUCAGGCUCUCCUGCUACUCCCCAUCGCUCGAUCAAGAAGCCAGCCGCCAAUGAGCUCCACAUCCAGAAGACCGAGGAGGCCAAUCGAACAUAUUCUUCCAUCCUCCGCUCAGAAAUGUUUAGCGACGAAAUACCGCAAUCAAUACCUCAGAACGACAAGUCUCUCACGCCUCCAGGAAACUUCAACCUGACCCCUUCUACACCGCACAAGAAUCUCUUCUCAUACAAAUCCAACCAUCCAACACCGUCGUUGACACCCCGCUCGCAUUCACGAACAGAAAGAGGCCCAAACAUCAACGCCCGAUCCGACAUUUACAGCUUGUCACCGGUCAAAUACUCGUCGCAAUCCAUGCUUCUCUCGCCACGCAAGACACCAAGAGCUGUCAGCAAAGUGCCGUACAAGGUACUGGAUGCUCCUGAGCUUGCCGACGACUUCUAUCUCAACCUGGUUGACUGGGGCUCAAGUGGCGUCUUGGCUGUAGGUCUGGGAGAGAGCGUAUACUUGUGGAACAGCGAGUCUGGAAAGGUUGAACAGUUAUGCAAACUGACGGCCGACACCGUCACCAGCGUCGGCUGGAUACAACGGGGCUCGCAUCUUGCAGUCGGCACAGGCCGAGGCCAUGUCCUCAUCUUCGACACAGUCACGCAACGGAGGCUGAGAACAAUGAUAGGCCAUUCGGCUCGUGUUUCUUCGCUCGCCUGGAAUGCUCACAUCCUCUCGACAGGCAGUCGUGAUCGUACUAUUCUACAUCGCGAUGUCCGAUCACCACAGCAAUACUUGACGAAGCUCGUCGGACACAAGCAGGAAGUCUGCGGCUUGCGCUGGAACAGUGACACGAAUCAGCUGGCGUCUGGUGGUAACGACAACAAGAUUUUUAUCUGGGAUGGUAUGGGCGAUCGCUGGUUGCAUCGUUGGGGUGAACAGGAAGGCGGUCACAAAGCUGCAGUAAAAGCCAUUGCAUGGUCACCGCAUCAACGUGGAUUACUGGCAAGUGGCGGCGGUACAGCCGAUCGCUGCAUCAAAUUCUGGAACACCAUCUCCACCGCUCAACACUCUGCAAACGCCGCCUUGACGAGCGCGAAUUCUACACACGCACAUCUGGAUCUUACAUCUGCUUCUUUAUCAGCAUUGCCGCAUCACGCUUCUCCCGACCCCAUGACCUCCACACCUCAAAAUCCUCAUCUCUUGCGCACUCACGACACCGGCUCGCAAGUCUGUAAUCUUCUCUUUUCAACUCUCACCUCUGAACUCGUUUCUACGCAUGGUUUCUCGCAGCACGCCAUCAACAUUUGGAAAUAUCCUUCCAUGUCGCAGGUCGUCAGUCUGACUGGUCACACCUAUCGUGUUCUCUACCUCAGCAUGAGUCCCGAUGGCAGUGUGAUUGUCACUGGAGCCGGUGAUGAGACUCUUCGUUUCUGGGACGCAUUUGGCAGUGUUGGUAAAGCCAACAGGAAUGAGAAUAGCGUUACUGGCAAGGGCAGUCUUGUCAAGGAGUGGAAUGUCAUUCGAUGA